AUGUCUUCCUCAUCAAGUGAUGAAGUUGAUGAAGUUAUAGAAGAAAUGGUCGACCAAGUAGUUGAUAAUUACAUCGACUCAAUAGUUGAGGUUCAAGCCAACAAGCCGAAUAGACGAGCUUAUAUCGAAAGAGAUCGGGAACAAGGACACAAUCAACUAUGGAACGAUUAUUUCAAGGAAAAUCCUACAUACCCACCGGAAAUGUUUAGGAGGCGUUUUCGAAUGAACAAGCCAUUGUUCCUUCGCAUUGUCGAACGUAUAAGUAAUGAAGUUCCAUACUUUCAGCAAAGACGAAAUGAUUGCGGAAGGAACGCGCUAUCUGCACUUCAAAAGUGUACGGCAGCUAUACGUAUGCUGGCAUAUGGUCAAUCGGGAGAUACAUAUGACGAAUAUCUCCGACUUGGUGACAGUACAUCACGUUUUUGUUUCGAAAAUUUCACUAAUGUAAUAAUACAAUUGUUUGGAGAUGAGUAUCUACGAAGUCCUACACCUGAGGAUCUUCAACGAUUACUCGAUGUUGGAGAGGUACGCGGGUUUCCAGGGAUGAUAGGCAGCAUCGAUUGUAUGCAUUGGGAGUGGAAAAACUGCCCAACGGCUUGGAAAGGUCAGUACACACGUGGUUCAAGAAAGCCGACAAUUGUCUUAGAAGCCGUGGCAUCACAUGAUCUUUGGAUAUGGCACGCUUUUUUCGGAUUACCAGGUACCCUCAACGAUAUCAAUGUUCUUGAUCGGUCACCAGUUUUUGAUGACAUCUUACAAGGUCGAGCACCUAAAAUUAAGUUCAAGGUCAACAACCACACUUAUCGUAUGGCCUACUACCUUACGGACGGAAUUUAUCCGAAUUGGGCAACAUUUAUCCAAUCCAUCCCACUUCCUCAAGGUCCUAAAGCAGAGCUAUUUCCUGAACGUCAAGAAUCCACCAGAAAAGAUGUCGAACGGGCUUUUGGAGUAUUGCAAUCGAGGUUUGCAAUUGUUAAAACCCCAGCUUUAGUAUGGGACAAGGAAAAGAUAGGAAAGAUAAUGAGAACUUGUGUCAUAUUGCACAAUAUGAUAGUAGAGAACGAACGACACGGAUACGCUCAAAUUGAUACAUCUGAGUUCGAGUCAGGAGAGUCAAGCAGAAGUUCGAAAGUGAAAAGGAGAGAAAGUAUUCAUGUCGGUGAUAUGUUAGGCAUUCGCAGAGAAGUUCGAGAUACAGAGAAGCAUGAUCGUUUGAAAGCUGAUUUAAUGGAAAAUAUAUGGCAAAAGUUUGGUAAUUAAGAUGAAUAAUGUUUGUAUGUUUGUAUGUUCUCUGUAAUCUACUCUUAAUGUAUUGAAUAAAAAAGUUUUAAAAUAUUUAUUCAUGUAUUUUCAAUAAUUUGAUUUUUUUUUAAAAAAAUAUAAAUAUUAUUAUUUUAUUCCUAUAAACUGAUUCUUCAAGUUCACUAAUGCACAAAACAAUAAAUACCGAUUCAUAACUAUUUAUGGACCCACUAAAAAAUAUUAAAAAAUCCUUAUGAACCCGAAGGGAGGUUCACUACUGCUCAUGCUCUUAUACUUUAGAAUAGUGACAAGAUGCAAUAU